AUGAGGGUCCAAGCGAUUCCCACCCCUAACGGGUAUUGUAAUUUCUUGCAACGGGAGUUGAGACGCCGGUGGACCUCUAUCCUGUAUCAUGUGUGUGGUGUUCACCGAUGGGAAGAAAAUGGGCAGGAGUACAGGUGUUACCAUGACGACCUCAGCGAUGACCAACAAAUAAGAAAGAAAUGGUUGAAGAAGGGGUCUGCUGCCUGGAAUGCUCUCAAGGCUGUCGUACUAGAUAAAAAUCUCUUGAGGGUCUUCAGUCAGUUGACUUUAUUCAAGCAUACCGGGAACCUUGAAGUGUUCCACAGCUCUAUGCUGAAGUACGCAGAGAAGAGGCGCCACUUCACAUAUGUCAGUAUGCAGGCAAGGCUUCAACUGAGUGUCAUUGACCACAACCUCAAUGUUGACCGUCAGCAGGACCGUACUCAGUCUGGAAAAGAAAAGUACAAUGUUAUUUACUCCAAGCAAUCAAAGCAGUGGGUUGUAAGGAAGCUGUAUGAGUCAACAUCUCAGGAUUUCCGGAAAGAAUUGGUGCAACAAGUCAUUCAACGGCGAAUUGACAAGAGUGUCAGGCUUGGAGAUCCAGCGUUCCACAUCCAUCCUCCAGUCAGCAUACCAACCAACAUUGCUCCUACUCCAAAGCCAAACAAGGACGACUUGGUUGCCCAACAUGCAUCACGUUUUCUCCAAAAACAUACGGAGGAUGUCUGAGACAGAAGAAGCCUUGGCCAGUCUCUU